UAUAUUUGUUUGCAAUUUUUAGAAAAUGUUUCUACUUUUUCGAAAAAUUAAAUCAAUCCCUUACUUUUAUACUACAAAGUUGGCUUAUGUUAACUUAACUUCUACCUCUCAAGCUCCACAGACAGGAAUAAUGAUGCUAAAUAUGGGUGGUCCAUCUACACUUGAUGAAGUUGGAUCAUUUCUGAGUAGGUUGUUUCAUGAUAAAGACCUUAUUCCUUUACCUGCUCAAAAGCAACUUGCUCCUUUACUUGCAGCCAGAAGAACACCUAAAAUUGUUGAACAAUAUCGUAAAAUAGGAGGAGGCUCACCAAUUAGAAAAUGGACUGAAAUACAGGGACAAGCUCUUAUAAAAUUAUUAGAUAAAAUGUCUCCAGAAACUGCUCCACAUAAAUUUUAUAUUGGAUUUAGGUAUGCAGACCCAUUAACUGAACAUAGUUUAAGUGAAAUGGAAAGAGAUGGAAUAAAGCGAGCUAUUGCAUUUACGCAGUAUCCACAAUACUCUUGCUCAACAACUGGAAGUAGUUUAAACGCAAUUUAUCGUUAUUAUAAUAAACUCAAUGUUCCAUCAAGUAUUGAGUGGAGUGUUAUAGAUAGAUGGCCUACUCAUCAUGGCUUAAUCCAAGCAUUUGCACAAACUAUUGUUCAAGAAUUAGAAAAGUUUCCUUCAAAUGUUAAGGAUGAUGUUGUUAUUUUAUUUUCAGCUCAUUCGCUGCCAAUGAGUGUUGUUAAUCGAGGAGAUCCUUACCCUCAAGAGGUAAGUGCAACAGUGCAAUCUGUUAUGGAAAUGUUGAAAUUCCGAAAUCAGUACAGGCUAUGUUGGCAGUCAAAAGUUGGUCCAUUACCUUGGUUAGGUCCACAGACAGAAGACUCCAUAAAAGGCUUAGUAAAGAAUGGAAGAAAAAAUAUAUUGUUAGUACCCAUAGCAUUUACAUCUGAUCAUAUUGAAACUUUACAUGAGUUAGAUCUUGAAUAUGCUGAUGAGCUUGCUAAAGAAGUAGGUGUAGAAAAUAUCAGAAGAUCUGCAGCAAUGAAUGAUAACAGCAUUUUUGUUCAAGCUUUAGCAGAUUUAGUUCGUAAGCAUAUAUAUUCUGGAGAAACUUGUUCUAAACAGCUGUUACUGAGAUGUCCAAUGUGUGUUAAUGUAGCUUGUGGUCCAAUGAGAGACUUUUUUGCAAGUCGUGGUUUAAAAAAAUGAUUUACAAUUUUUAAAAUUAACUUUUUUAACUUUUUGUUUAGUGUGGUUUAGUUUUUAAAUUUAAAACAAAAACUUAUAUUGUUGAGUAUUUAUAUUUAGGGAUUAUUUAUAUUUUUGUAUGUUUUUAUUUUUUCGAAGAAAAAAGCAGGUCUAAUAUUAUUUUAGGAGGAAGUACCUCUAAAAUUCAAAAACUCAUAUUCAGACAGCGAAAUUGAUUUUGUAAUAUGUAAUUUGUCUAAAUUUUAUAUUUCAGAAUUAAAAAUAAUUAAAGUAGUGGUGUUGCUAUCAUAGCAAUGCUAUGGUAACCAAGAAAUUAUUUAAAAAAUACCUUAAAAAAGAAUUCAUACCAAUUUACAUUAUUCAAAGGAUGGUAUUUAUUAUAAUCAUCUCGUUGUAUUUUCUUGAAACUAAUACUUCAAACUGCAAUUUGAACUAUUUAUUAAUAUUUAUCUUUCAAUAUUUUUGACAAUCCUCAUUGAAUUUUUUCUAUUUACUUGAUUAUAGCCAUACUUUGUUUCUAUAUUUCAUUGAGGGAUUUUUUUUUUAUAUUUUUGUCUGGUGAUGCAAAGAUUUACAUAACUGACUCUUCAUCUGGUUUAUAUAUUGAUUUGUCUGUUGCUUUAUCUUUCUAAAAUUACUUGUUUUUAGUUGUAUGGUGAGUGUGCAGUUAUUUUCUGUGUAUGGUGAGUGUGCAGUUAUUUUCUGUGUAUGGUGAGUGUGCAGUUAUUUUCUGUGUAUGGUGAGUGUGCAGUUAUUUUCUGUGUAUGGUGAGUGUGCAGUUAUUUUCUGUGUAUGGUGAGUGUGCAGUUAUUUUCUGUGUAUGGUGAGUGUGCAGUUAUUUUCUGUGUAUGGUGAGUGUGCAGUUAUUUUCUGUGUAUG